AUGCAGGCAGAAGUGGAUCGAGGGCGUGCUGAAGCGGAAAACCUCCGUCAGCAGCUGCGAGAUCUCAGAGCAGAGCACUCAGCAGCUCUGAAAACGUCAGAUGAACGAGAAAGCACCAUCACCCUCCUGGAGGAAAACUUGUCGAGUUUGAAAAGUCAGAUGGAAAUAGAGAUGUCGAAGUUGGACGGCAAAGACCAGGAAAUCGCUGAGCAUACCAUUCGAUGUGAUGAACUGGUGGUUAGGCAACAGCACUUGGAACGAGAACUUGAAGAACAACGCGCUUCCACGGCUGUAAUGUAUGACGAGAACAAAGCGCUUCAAGACCAAAUCAUGCAGUUACGCAGCGAAAUCGAUCAGCUCAACGACAAAAUCGAUUCUGCCAAUCAACGCGAAGAAGAGUUGAAAUCGCACUUGGAAGAGACAAAGCAGUUGAACACCUCACAGGAGCAAAACAUCCAUAAACUGAAGGCUUCUGUGAGGGCGAUGCAGGAGAAGUUG